UUCUCGCUGCCUAGUUGGAGCCGCGCGGCCUCCUGGGACCUCGCCUCGCAGCAUUUCUAAGCAGGAGGAGAGGAGCAGCUAUUUCCGGGUCCAUCCGGAAGCGGAAAGAGAGGGGGCUGUGAAGAGCCGCUUCCGCCGGAAGUGUCGGGCGCCACCGCAGCUUGGGCUGGUGGCCCGCCGCGAGCUCUUUCUCCGUUGUUCCUUGAGCGACUGAGGAGCGGGCCGAGAGAGUGAGGGGCGCUUCCGGGGCCUGUCGGAGGAAGGAGACGGAGGAAGGAGGCGGGCGCCGGGGCCCCUGGGCUUCCCGGCUCCUCAGGCCUUCUCCCCGGGGCCCUCUCCCGGCCCAGCAUGGCUUCCUCGUCCGGCAACGACGACGACCUGACCAUCCCGCGGGCGGCCAUCAACAAGAUGAUCAAGGAGACGCUUCCCAACGUGCGGGUGGCCAACGACGCCCGGGAGCUGGUGGUCAACUGCUGCACCGAGUUUAUCCACCUGGUCUCUUCCGAGGCCAACGAGAUCUGCAACAAGUCCGAGAAGAAGACCAUCUCCCCGGAGCACGUCAUCCAAGCACUAGAAAGUUUGGGAUUUGGCUCCUAUAUCAGCGAAGUAAAAGAAGUCUUACAAGAAUGCAAAACAGUAGCACUGAAAAGAAGAAAGGCUAAUUCUCGUUUGGAAAAUCUUGGCAUUCCUGAAGAAGAACUGCUAAGGCAGCAACAAUUGUUAAUUGCACAAGCUAAACAGCAGCAGGCAGAAUUAGCCCAUCAGGAAUGGCUACAAGUACAGCAAGCAGCCCAGCAAGCCCAGCUUGCAGCUGCCUCAGCCAGUGCAUCCAACCAGGCUGGAUCUUCUCAAGAUGAAGAUGACGAGGAUGACAUCUGAAAUCAUCCUGGCUGAGUUCUGAUCCCUGCAAGGAAAUAGUUGUCCCGCACAACAAAACCAGUGAAAUGAAUGCUUGCCCGUAACAUUGUCUGCAUCUUGGACCAGCUGUUGGUAUUUUAGGGAUGUCUGCUGUUGUGUGCUGUACAUGUAAAAACUGUCUCUUUGAACUCUUGAAGAUUUAAGGUUCAGUAUCAUAUCAACUUCGGAUUUUUAAUGGUGUUUAUGGAAAUUUUAGAUAGGCGUGUGUCACUCGAUCAACAAACAGUGUUACAGUAAAGUUUAUAAAAUACUGCAGAAUUUAUAUGGAGGCUCUAAAUUCACACUUGCAGUUCUCUUCCCUUUUAACCAUAGACUCUUAUGUAAAAAGUUUUAAUUUUGGUUGUUUUUGGGACAGCGUUUAAUCUGCUACAAGUAGAAAAAGCAAAGGGUUCCACAUAAUUUGUUCUGAAUUCUUUGUCUUUUAAAAUUAGAGAGAGAGGGCAGUGAAUAGAUGUUCUCGAAUACCAUCAGUCUGAGAAAUACAUUUUUGCCAAACUAGGAAGGUGUAUGUUGAAUAGGAAUUGUGCAGAUUUAAGGGUUUUUUUGUAUAGGGAUAAAACAAUAAAAUAAAACCCAAGACUUUAUUAUGGUAUCAAUUUAGUGUCCUGAUCAAAAUGAAGAUUUCAUUUCAUAUAUUACCACCUUGGAGAAUGACAACAAUUCCAUUUCAGCUCCACAUGGAAAUUACAUGCAUUGUCUAAGCAUGCUCAUGGUCACAGUGUUCAAAUGGAAAGGUGGGAUUUGGUGGAAGAACUUACUUUUAAUUCCGUUUUGACUUGGAAUGCUCAAAUGGUCAGGCCUGCGAGACCAAACGUUGGAACUAAUGAGCAUGUUUACAGUGAAAGGCAUCUUCAACUCCCGUUAGUUGUUGUCAGAACGAUGCUCAUAGUUUUCAGAAUAGUGUACCAAUAGAUAAGCUUUGUCUCAUGAAACUGGCUGUUUCUAUAUCCAAGUAGGGCACAUUAUUUAGUUCCAUCUUAAAUUUGGUGACUGAGCCCUAGACUGACCAACAGGACCGAAAUGAAGAAUGAUUUUUGUGAUGUGGUGGAAAUGGAUUUUUUUCAUAGCAGUGCUGUUUGUGUUGAAAUCAAGAACAUUUUGAAUACAAAAUAUACUUGAAGAUUCAUCAACAUUUUUUGGUACUUUUUGGGGGAGGAAAGGAGGUGGAAUCUUAUACCUUGCAUAUUAAUGUAUCCGGUAACAUCAAACUGCAUUGAUUUUAAAUAGCCUUGAGUGGUCUUGAGCACUACUGAGAAUUGUGGGAAAACCUAGCUUUGUGAAGAUUUUGAAAUAGAGAACUGAACUGGGUGUCGAAGUAAGUUCUUGAAUUGCAGUUGGUUUAUAAGGACAGGGCCACCUGAAAUAGCCUGUAUCCUAACCUAUACACUGAUGGCCGAGAAAUACGUUAGCUUGAUUGUUAAGCUAAAACACUUCUGUGGAUUCAGCAGGAAAUGUAUUUGGACAAGAUCUGAUUAAAGAUCUAGCGCUUAUGAAGGUUGAAGUACCAAAGGUAGAAACACUAGCCUAGUCAAACCAUGUUAAAGUGCAGUGUUGGCUUUUCUAAUUUGUACUGUAACAUCCUUCCCCUUCCUGUUUUAAAUGAUUUUUUCCUUUUUAAGCAAGCAGGAAGCAUACACUUUCACACUUUAUUUCUUCUGAUGCAGAGUUCAGGUUAAUAUUUUACUGCAUCUGGUAUGUAUCAUAAUUUGUUUGAAUCCCUGUGACUUUCUUGUGCUUUUUCAUAUGCUGUAUUCCUCAAGCAAUAAAAUUCAAAUGUGUUUUUAUA